AUGGAAUUCAAUAUCAUCAUAGUGCUGAUCUCGUUCCUUAUCGGAGCUGCCUUCGCUUCACCAUUGGCGAAACGUAACAGAACUGAAGGACUGAGCGAAAGGCUCAAAGGCACCGACUUCUCUCGCCCUAAGCCUGUUGAUUGUUAUAGAAAUGAUCCCAGGUUUGCUCUUGGACCUGGUCUGUUUGCAGCUCCAGCGAUCAGAAACAGCUCAUUUGUGGCUAGGCGCAUCAUACAAAAGAGACCAGAUACAGGAGAAUACGAGUCGAAGUUUUACCAUAUUUGCCAGUCUGGCAACAAGACCGAACAGGAGUAUAAGCUCCCAAAACCUGACGACAGCAUAGACGUCUCGCUUGACAAGAUGGAAUAUUCUGAGCAUGAGAAGACGACCUUGGCCGAGGUGCUUCUCGAAAGCCUCAACAAAAACCUGGAAGAGUCCGUGAAAGAAAACCACACCGGUCAUACUCCAAUUAUCGAAAACCCCAAGAUGAUGCCAUACGUGUGGCAUGACUCCCUUAAGUUACACAUCAAAGAAGAUAAAGACGAGGACAACGACAACGAGGAAGAAGACAGCCAGAGUGAGAGCGACAGCGACAGCGACGACGAAGAAGAUGCAAAAAAAGGAUUUAAGAAAGCAUUCAGAAUGAUAAAGAAGCGAGACGACGAGAAGGAGGAGGAGGAGAAGAAGAAGAAGAAGAAGAAGAAGAAGAAGAAGAAGCCAUAUCUAUGGCCUGAACACAACAGACCAAAGAUCUCCAAGGAUGGGAAGUUCAGUUACUUGUACUCCAGCGAGGGAAAGCAAUAUGCUGUUGCAACUCCCCAGCAUCUUGCCAAUGAGGUCAGCAAAUGUAUACAAUUAUACGGCAACUUAUACGUGCACGAUGCUGAUAUGCGAACCCUACAGACUGAUCGCCACGAGAAGGCCCAGCAAGACAAGGACCAGAAGUUGGAAAUUAUUCAACACGAGCUUCAGAAGGAAAUGGACGCAAAACUACAGCAGGAGCACAGUAGAUUGAAGCACGAGAACGAGAUGAAGUUCAAUGCGUCAAAGCCCGAAAAGGACGAACAAAUUGCUCGUAUCUAG